UCCUUCACUGAUUUUUUUUUAACGAGGCUAAAGACAUGAUUUAAGCUGUUUGGUAUUUAUUUUUGAAUUGUAAUCUCUAGUUUUUAAAUAAAUGGUAUUAUGAAUUGUGGAAUGUGUUUUUAGACCUUAAACUGGACUAAUGUUGCAGUUUUAGUGAUUUGAAUUAUGUGUGUUAUAGUCAUUUUCUACAUGUAUCCUUGUGUACACCUUUCUAUGAAGUGACCAUGAUGUUUACAGUUUGAGUUCAAUAUUUCCCUUAUUGGCUUAUAUGAUUUUUUUUAUUAGUUAUUUUGAUAGUCUAUAUGUUAAACUACUACUUAAUACCUUGUGUAAAAUGUUGUGUUAUAAUUCUUUGAUAUGAAAUAGCUGAAGAUAUUAUGUGUUUGAAUGGAAUAUGUUGUUCAUUUAUAUAUUUUUCAAAGUUAUCCUUAAAAGUGGGAUUCGUUACCCCAUUCUAUCCCCCUAAUUGAUUCAUCUUCUUCAUUUCUCACAGGAGAGGUAAUACGUUUAUCUUACUAAUUUAUGUAAUUUAUUUAUUGAAUACAAAAGUUGUAAAGUAACUUGAUAGUAUUUUUGUCAAGAAAUAAUUAAUACUAAGAAAAAUUCCAAGAGGAUCUAAUGGAAAGAAAGGGACAAAUAAGCACCUGACAAGCGUCUUAUAUUUUUCUGUGGUUAAAGUAAAACUCUAAACGAUGAAACAUAAAGUCAUAUUAGUGCUUUUCUGAUGAGCUAGAUAGCGUAACUAGAAAAAAAGAAGCUAUUUCAUAGAACUUCUUUCAAAAUUAUCCAAAUGUUCUGUAUUUUAGAUCUUCUAUGAUGAUGGAGAUGAAGAAACACUAAAUCUUGUGAAGGAAAAAUGGAAGGUCAUUGAUGCUAACUCAGAUGCUGAUGAGGAGGAACAAAGUGAGCGUGCAAGUCUUGAUGCUUCCACUGAUAUGUCACCAAAGAAGAAACAGAAAACAAAUGUUGGUGAGUCAAACAAGCAAGGAAAGACGGAUGCUUCUUCCAGAAGUGAUGGAGCAGCAGCAUCCCAUAGAUCAAAGGGUGUAUCCUUGAAGUCUAUCCAAAAGACCAAAGAUGGCAACAAAUCAAAAUAUUCCAGGACUAUUAGCAAAUCAGAGGAUGAAGUUUGUAGAAAAUCCAAGGACAGCACUGCUAAAAAUAGUAGCAGGAAAUCUGUUGCUGCUGCUAAGAAAGUGAGUAAUAAAUUAAAAAACACCGAUACUUCCAAGACAAUUGAAUCAAAGGGUGAUGAAAUUAACACGCCAAAAUCCUGUGCCAAGUCUAAGCAUGAAACUUUCAAAGGUGAAAAAUCCAAACUAGAAACCCUUGAGUCAUUGAUAGGAAAACGUCACAAAAGUGGUGGAAAAAUAGAUGUUAAUGGUACUGGCAAUGGGAAAUCCGGUUUGUUGAAGAGAAAAGAUCCCAAGAAUGAUUCAAAUAUUUCGGCUGGAGAGGUUGAAGAUGUCAAGGGAAAGACUUCACAUUCAUCAAAGCUACAAGGAAGUGAACUCAAGAGUGGAAAAAAACUUCAGAGAAACUAGAAGUGAGUAUUUAUCCUGGCUAUCAGUUUUACUCUUCUUGUAAUGAAUUUAAGCCUUGUGUAUAAGGUAGCUGUUUUAUCUUGUUGCUAGCAUUGUUAUAUUUAGUUAUGGGUUAGGCUAGCUUAGUUGUAGUAUGGAUUAGUGUCUGUACUCACUUUUUGGUUGUUUCUAGACCAGAUCGAUGUUAUAUGAAGGGCAACGCUAGAAAAUAGUUUGCUAGCAUUCAUUGAAAAAAAAUGCUUUGGCACUACCUUAUGUUUGAUAACAUAUGAUACACAUUCGUUAACAUUGCUCUUGGUUUAAUGGCAUUUUAGAUUUGUAUAUA